AUGGAGCCCGCGGGGUGUCCGCUUGUGCCUUCGGGCAGCCUACCACCUCUGCGUGUGUUGGACACGCUCACUGAGGACCAGAUCUUCGCAUCACUAACAAACCUCGCCGCUCUGUACUGCCCCCUGACGGCCUCGUUCGCUUCUACCCUGGUUCACAAGCAUGGCCAUGCAAAGGUCUCAGAUUCGGACUUCGUCGACUCCGGCUACACGUCUGCCACCGAAGAUGAUGAGGGCUGCCCCGGGAGCACACAGCAGCGCCUUGCCGCCCUGCGCGCCGACGACUACGAGCGCUCUUUCACCGAGCGCUGGCUCACGCGCUUCAUCGCCCGCGCCACCGAGAUCCCAAGCCUAAGUCUUGAGGAAACGAUGGAACGAGCCGUCCACCAGGCCGCCUCCAUCCUCGAGUCCUUCCACAUGACUCCAACCGACGACGAGCAGGGCGACCAGAGCUACACGCGUCACUUCUCCUUUGCGCUGGCAUCGUCCAGCGAGCCUCCGGUCGCGGUACACCUCAACGACGGGCUCUCGGGUCGCGACUCUACGGACCCAGACGAUGUCGGCCUCCAGAGUUGGGGCGCCUCCAUCGUGCUCUCACGGCAACUCUGCGCCGAACCCGCCCGCUUCGGCCUCACGAGCGCCGCCCUCGGCCCGUGCCCGCGUAUCGUUGAGCUCGGUGCCGGAACGGGUCUCAUCAGUCUCGUCCUCGGCUCCCUGCUGCCUCGCCUCGCCGUUCCCUCGGCUGCCGUUAUCGCGACAGACUACCAUCCUGCCGUCCUGGCUAAUCUUUCGGCUAAUAUAGCCGCCAACUUUACGUCUCCUUCUUCUCCUUUGUCCUCCUCCUCGUCCUCCUUCUCAGUUUCUUUUUCCACCCCCCGUAAGCCCCAGGUCGAGACGGCCUUCCUAGACUGGUCCCGCCCCUCCCUCGUCGCGCCACUAGAUAAGAAGGCCGACAUGCUCAUCGCCGCCGACGCCGUCUACGCCCCGGAACACGCGACGUGGCUGCGCGACUGUGCCACGGCGCUGCUGUCUCCCAGCGGCGUCUUCUGGCUGUUCACCACGGUGCGGAAGAAGGGGCGGUUCAACGGCGUCAGCGACACGGUCGAGGCGUCGUUUGAGGCGCGCGAUCGUCCGACGGGCGCGGACGGGCGCCAGCUGACGAUCCUGCAUGCCGAGGACCACGGGAAGACCAAGGGCGUCGGAAGGGGGGACGAGAGUGGGUACAAGCUGUUCCGUAUCGGCUGGGCUUGA